CUGUCGGUUUCUCCUUCGAUAACGAAACGUGCCCUCCCAGAACGCGCCUGCCUAUAAAACAGUUGUCAAUAAAUAAACCACAGAACCUCGGGCAGCAUGCCCUCAGCGGUGCAAGAUGGGCCAACGGUCGCCUUGAGCUUUGCUAACAACUUCUGGGGCAAAGAUGAUGCUGGAGUUGAACCUUUGCUCUCGCGCAUGCAUAAUGCUAAGCAGACGUGCGAUGAGUUGAAAAGCUUCUACAGUGCACGCUCUUCAAUUGAAGAGGAAUAUGCCCGCAAACUAUUGUCACUGGCACGUAAGCCACUGGGCUCGCAAGAAACUGGAACACUUCGAGCGUCAUUGGAUGUGCUGCGAGGAGAGGUUGAGCAGAUGGGUAAGUCGCAUCAGAACAUUGCAGGUCAAAUGAAGACGGAACUCGAGGAGCCGCUGGCGGCAUUUGCAGGUGCUAUGAAAGAACGAAGGAAGAUUGUGCAGUCAGGCAUUGAAAAGCUUUUGAAGGUCAAGAUCCAACAGACACAGCAUGUCAAUAAGGCGCGCGAUAAAUACGAGCAAGAAUGUCUGAAGAUCAAAGGAUACCUAGCACAAGGCCAUAUGGUCAUGGGGCAAGAAGAGCGGAAGAAUAAGGCGAAACUCGAAAAAACACAGAUCAACCUUGCAUCGACGAACACCGAGUACGAAAACGCUGUGAAAGUGCUGGAGGAAACAACCGGGCGGUGGAACAGGGACUGGAAGGCCGCUGCAGAUAAAUUCCAGGAUCUUGAGGAAGAGAGACUGGAUUUCAUGAAGAGUAGCCUCUGGAGCUUUGCAAAUAUUUCUUCCACCGUUUGUGUUAGUGACGACGCUUCCUGCGAGAAAGUCCGUCUGUCUCUAGAGAAUUGCGAGGUCGAGAAGGAUAUUAUUAGCUUCAUCAAGGAGCGGGGAACUGGUCAAGAGAUACCGGAUCCGCCAAAGUACAUCAACUUCCGUCGGGGCGAUGUCGAUUCGCAGUCAGAAACGUCCGAAGAUGAGCACUAUUCAGUGGCACAAUUCCAGCGAACUAUCAAUCCAGCCUACCGAACAUCUUCGCCCCAACCCUCUACAUAUGAAUCGCAUCAUGAUCCCCAACCUGCCCCUAGUCGAGAUCCUGGACACGAACCUCAAAUUCCGCCUAACCGCGAACCUAUCCGCGAACCUACCCAUGAACCUACCCCGACUCCCCAGAAGGUGACGCCUACAGACAGACCAAGGCAACCGCAACUUGACUAUCAGCAACAACCUAGCAGGCCCCAAUAUGAACAGUCUCAGCAUGAACCUCUCCGCGAACCUGUCCGUGAAUCUACCCGCGAACCUCUCCGCGAACCUACCCGCGAACCUGCCCGCGAACCUUCCCUGACUCCCCAGAAGGUAACGCCUACAGACAGACCAAGGCAACCGCAACUUGACUAUCAGCAACAACCUAGCAGGCUCCAAUAUGAACAGUCUCAGCAUGGACCAUUGUCAGCAGUACCUCAUGAUCCUUAUCCAAUGGACGGGAUGACCAUGUUAUGCCGAACCGGACCCCCUUCAGAGAGAAGCUCCGCACCUAGCCUUGCAAGGCCAUCCAGCCGCGAUUCAAAUAGCGAAUAUUCCAAUCCUACAUCGUUCUCAAGCCAAGAACCGCCGAGUGGGAAAGUCUCUCCCGUGAAGCAGCCAUCACCAGAAAAGCAAGUGCUCAAAAAGAAGAGCGGAUUCUUCCAAAGUCCGUUCAGACGGAAGAGCAUUAAGGAGAAGGAGAAUCCAACGGCUGCUAUGACACCGUCCGGCCGGAACACUUGGUCCGCCAGAAGCACCACAAACAACCAAAGUUCUCCAGCCCGACCUCAGAUGUACGGGCAGGGUGGGCAGGGGUCUCAAAAUAUGAUGAUCAGUGAUAGACCGACUGGCAGCCCUGAGCCAAUUGAUCCUCGGGCAAGCUUCCAACUCAAUGUAGGCAACAACGUGUUUGAUGUCGCGACACCAGAUAACAAAAGUAAGGCCAUUCAGAAUACCUCGAGUCAGCCGGAAGAAGAAUUGGAUCCCAUUGCGCAGGCUCUGGCAGAGCUCAAAGGUGUCACAAAGGCUUCUUCUACCCGAGUUUCAGCAGACAAUUAUCACGGCAUUCCAACGCCAGCUCCUGGAGCAACUCCAAACCCUCGCCCGGUUGGACCCCAAAUGGCUAAUGGUGCAUUGACGGCUGGCAUGCGAGGUACCCCUCCACCAUCUUAUGACCAGCCUAUGCAAAGACUUGGACUGCCACAGCCAGCUUUCACUUCCAAGGCGAUGCAGCAAACGCGGCAAAAGUAUGUUGAUCAGACUCAGAACAUGUUCAAUGCCCAAGCAAGACCAGAGUCACAAGGAGGUUAUGGAUCAGGAUCCCGUCCGGGUACACGAAACAGUGAUAUGCCCAGAGCUACUUCUCCGGCUCCGCAACGCAGUGUUUCACCUCGUCCCAGCAUGCAGUCAGACAGCAGACAGAGCUACCGGUCAGCAUCUCCAAAUCCAUAUGGCGGGAGUCAGCGCUCGGCGUCUCCAAAUCCAUACGGUGGGAGUCAGCGCUCGCGUACCCAAUCUAUCGUUAGCUCUCAUCAGAAGCGUGGCUCUGAUCAAGGUUAUUACCGUCACAACUCGCCAGGUGAAGUUGCUCGUGCGGUUUCGCCAGCUCCCUUCCGGGAGCAACAGAGACCAAGCAGUGGCUACAUGAGCAGUGAGAUGGCAAUGCAGCUUGCAUCUAGCCCUGAGGAUCGUUAUGGAUCUCAAAGUAGCCGCAGAUCUGGCACGGGUAGCAUUGGCUCUGCUAGACAGCGAAGUAAAAGUGUUGCAGAUGUCAGGCAGUUUACCAGAGAUGGUCGUCCAAUCCUGCACUUCGCUCGUGCACUUUACAUGUACCAGGCCGCAAUCCCCGAGGAGCUGAGUUUCGCCAAGGGAGAUAUCCUGGCGAUUCUCAGACUUCAAGAUGAUGGAUGGUGGGAGGCAGAGGUGGCCGGAAAGAAUGGACGAACUGGGCUGGUACCAAGCAACUACCUUCAAAACUGCUAA